AUGGAGAGAAAGUACGUGUACAGCGGCAUUUUAUGCACGGUUGGAGUUGUAAUAGUGGUUUUUAGUGCUGUGCACUUUCGACCAAGUACAACAGACAAAAAAGUUGGGGUGGCGGCCACGCCUAAAAUUGUGGCCCCCGCAUGUGUGCCCGACUUUGGAGAGCUGUCGGAUUCGGAAGACAAAAGCAGCGAGCACGUGGAGAAGACUAGCCAGGGCGUUUUCGAGAAGCCUCCAGGAUACAUUGCGGUUUCCUGGCGCGGGGCCAAAGACAUUGCGUAUCUAGAUGUAGAAAAGAUGCUGGGCGCAGAAGAAGGCCCCAUUGCGCCGGCGGGCAGCAGUUCGUCGUGCACGGGCAGAAGUUCAUCGUGCACGGGCAGCAUUUUUGAGAGGGCGCAGCCGUACAGCGCUAUGUAUAGCCGGCCGGUUGUAAGCUACGAGGCAGGCGUGGCUCCGCGCCAAUUUGCUGCAAACAGCUGGCAGCAUGUCUUUGCGCCAGGGCCUAGCCCAAGCGCCAACAUUGCGAUGCCAAAUGUGCGCACAGAAGCCCCGAGGGAGCACAUCCCAGCGAAAGUAACCGUGUGCACUUCAAGCCGGAAUGCAAGGUUUUUGCAGAAAAUGAAGAGCUUAAAAGCUCGGUCUGAGUACGUGAAAAUUCUAGCACAAGCCAACCACGACGCAAAGGAGUGCAUAGAAAAAGCGAGGCAGGAAAGCGAAGCGCGCAUCAAAAAAGGGAAGGAGGAGGCCUUGUCAAUGGUGAACAAUGCCUAUAUUACGUAUUCCAGAAUAAAGCAGAAAGCGCUGGACGAGGCCAUGGAGGAUGCCGCCGAGAGGAGGGAGAAAAUGCUGUCAGAAGAAAGCCAGAGGCUGAUGGAAGAAGAAGAAGCAAGGAAGGAAGCAGAGCUAAGAAAAAUAGAAGAAAACAGAAAAAUAGAAGAAAAAUACCAAGAGGCGGCCGAGCAUCUGGAGGCAGCUAAGGUUCAAGCGAAUCUGCUAAUGGAGGACGCGCUGCGGUAUGACUCCCUCAUGCUAGAGGGUGCACAGACAAAGGCAAACGGGAUACUGCAGGACGCACACAAAAAAGCAGACGAGCUGGAGAAGAAAGUCAUCCGUGAGAUUCAGCAGGAAGCCGAGAAAGUUAGCCAGCAGCACGAAGUGCAAGCCAGGAUGUUUGAGGAGGCCAUGCACAAAAGACUGCAGGCUCUGAAAAAGGAGACAGAGGAUCUCUAUGUGGAGAGGCACAGGCUGAAGGAAGAGGCUGCGGACUUGGGCAAGCAGCGGGCCUUUUCCGAGGACUACCGCGCAAGGCUAGACGCGCAGAGCGAAGAGAUUCGAAAAAAACAGAAAGAACUGGAAAAGCAGGCAGAGGAAGUUCAGCAAAACAGAGAAGCGCAGAAUGUACGAGAAAGCAAGCUCCAGAUCGAGAUUUUGAAGACGGAAAAGUAUAGAGAGGAGCUGGAGAACGACCAAAUGAAACUGAUGAAUUUGAGAGAAGGCCUGGAAGCAGACGCACUGGCUCUGAAGGCUGCGAAAAACAAGCUAAACGACCUGAAGGCGCAGGUUGCCCGUGAAAAAAGCGAGAAUGAGCAGCUGAGCAGCACGAACAGUGCAGCCCUGGCGAGUGAGCGCUUAAAAAUACAAAAUUGGGAGAAAGACCUAAACAGAAGACAGGGCGCAUUAGGCGCGCGUGUGGUCCAGAUGAACGAGAUGGAGGGUAGGCUGGCCAUAGGCACCGAAAAGCUGCGCGCAGCGCAGGAAGUCCUGCAAGAAAGCAUAAGGAUCUUCGAGGAGGAAAAGGCCAAAGGGAGCGAGCUUGAGCGCGCGCAGGCCGAUGCUAGACGCGCAGAGCUAGACGGCCUUAAGAGAAAGCUGGAGGAUGACAUUCUAGAGCACGAAGAGCUAAAGAAGAAGCACAGCUUGGAGAAUGCGGCAGCGCUUGCGGACUUGGAGGAGAAGAUAAAAACCCACACGGAGGAGCUAGAGGCUGAGCGCAGCAUUCUGGCGCUGGAGAAGCAGAAAAACGAGCAGCACAGACAGAGCCUUCUGGCCGAGGCAGAGAAGAUCAAGCAGGACUUCGCAGACAUAAAGGAGAGAGCUGCCAAGGCCCAGGAGGAUGCGCUCUCGAACAGCGAGGACAAGUCGGCCUUAAAGCGCAUGGAAGAGCAUUUGCUCAAUGCGCAGAAAAAGCUUGACGAGGACCUAGAAAGCCUAGAGGGGCAAAGGAGCGCCCUUAGCCGAGAAAAAGAAGAGUUUGAGAGCCACGUGCAGGAAAACAACAGAAAGCUGGAGGAAGAGAAAAAAUCCCUGUGCAAGAGGCACAAAGAGCUGACAGAGCAGGAGAAAGAAAUACAGGCGCAGAAAGAAGAAAACGCUGCUGCGCUUGAAGCUGCCAACCUGCAGAUAUUGGAGUCUAACCGGCUGCAGAUGCUUGUUGAGCAGAAGGAAACCGACAAGCUGCGAGAGCUCAACGCCGAGCUGGCCAACCUAAAGAUGUGCAACAGCGCAAUCGGCAAGCAGCUGGGAGAAAAGUCCGAAAUGCACACCCAAAGCGAGGAGACGGCCCGAAGAAACAUCGAGGCGCUGAAUGCGGAGGUUAAUUCUCUAAAGCUGCAGGGCGAGGAGAAUGCGCAGAAGUUUAACGCCCUAGUGCAGAGCGCGCAGAGUGCAAAGAGCGCCGCCGAGUUGGCAAGCGAAAGUCUGCGGGCGCUUGGAGAGGAAAAAGCCAGGCUGGAGGAAAGCAUGCAGGAGCUGGAGGAAAGCAUGCAGGAGCUGGAGGAAAGCAUGCAGGAGCUGGAGGAAAGCAAGCAAACUGCUGACGCCGAAGCCCAGAAAAAGAUAUCUUGCCUGGAGAGCGGAAAUCGCAUCCUGGCAGACCAGAUUGAGCAGAAGCAAGACGAAGCGGAGAAGCUAAAGGCCGAGCUUGAGAAGCUGGGUGGCGAAAAGGAGGAGCAGGUGCAGAAAAACAUCGCGAGCUUGGAGAGAAUUCAAUCGCUGGCAGCAUCGGAAGAGCUGCUAAACGCGGAGCUGUGCGCGCUGAAGACAGAGUAUGCCAAGCUAGAGGAAAAGCAGCUGGACCUGCAGAAGAAGCACAAUGAGUCGAAGAAGGCGCAGGAAAUGCUGGCGGCCCAGCUCCAAAAGACAAAGGAGGACUACGAGGACCGGAUACAGAAGCUGGUGGACACAAACCUCCAGGACAGCAUGAAAACCCUGGACGAAAACAACCAAGUCGCCAGCCAGAAAAUGCAGCAGAUGAAAGACGAAGAAAGCAGGAAGAUCGCGGCGCUGGAGGAAAAAUAUUUGGCCCUCCAGAAAGAGAAAGACAAGGAGAUAGACGCGGCGGUGAACAGUGCGGCGGAAAAGGACGCGCAGAAUAACCAGCACAUGAAGCAUAUUGAGGAUCUGAACGAAGAGGUGGCGCAGUUAAAUCAGAUAAGCGAGAAUAAAGAACAGACGAUCGUCCUGUGCAUGGACCAAAUCAGCCAAAUGCAGAGUGUGGUCGAAGCCAACAAAAAAGAGCUGGAUGAUCUGAAAAAUCUGCACGAGGAGAAGGAGAAAGAGGCAAAUAAAAAGCACGCGCAGCAUGAUAAAGAAAUGGCUGAUUUACUCAGCAAAAACCAGGCUGAGCGAAAGAGCCUGGUGGAGAUGCACGCGCGGGCAGAGAAGAAGCUAAACGAGGAGCAUGCAGAGAAAGUCAAAGAAAUCGAAGCUAGCCUAGCAGCCAGCCAAGCCGAGCUAGAGGAUCUGAAAAAGCUGCACGAAAAGAAGCAGCAGGAGUUGAGCGACAACCACGCGCAGCAGGUUGAGUGCUUGCAGGCUCAGUUGAAGGACAGCCAGACCGAGCUGCAGGAUAUGCUGGAGCUGAAAAACCAGAGCCAUCAGGAAGGCGAAGAGAUGAGCCAGAAGCUGCUGCAAAAAAUAAAAGAAUUGCAGGAGAAGGUGAGGGACAGCCAAGCCGAGCUGGAGGAUCUGAAAAAGCUGCACGAAAAGAAAGAGCAGGAGCUAAGCGACAACCACGCGCAGCAGGUUAAGAUUCUGGAGGCCGAGCUGGGGGCCAGCCAGGCCGAGCUAGAGACUGCAGUGAAGCUGCACGAAAAGAAAGAGCAGGAGCUAAGCGACGAGCACGCGCAGCAGGUUAAGGUCCUGGAGGCCGAGCUGGGGGCCAGCCAGGCCGAGCUGGAGACUGCAGUGAAGCUGCACGAAACGAAAGAGCAGGAGUUGAGCGACAUGCACGCGCAGCAGGUUAAGGUCCUGGAGGCUCAGCUGAAGGACAGCCAGACCGAGCUAGAGGAUCUGAAAAAGCUGCACGAAACGAAAGAGCAGGAGUUGAGCGACAACCACGCGCAGCAGGCUGAAAAAAUGAAAACCCGUAUGGAAAAAAAUCAGACAUAUCUUGUGAGCGUGCAUGAGAAGGAAAAGAAGGAGCUGCAGGACACCAUUGAAGCUCUGAAUGAGAGGGUUCUAGGCAUGGAAAGCAUCAAAAAGGCCAGCGAGAGUGACAUGAUGGCGCUUCAGGAGAACCUCGAUAGCUCGCUAAAAAAUGUUUCCAACUUGGAAGACGCGCUGUUUGCGUCUAAUUGUGAAGUGGCUAACCUGAAGGACCAAAUGCUCAAUUACACCGACAAAAGCCAGACACUGAUGUGCAUGCUGGAUGUGAAAAACAAAAAAAAGAGGCUGGAUAAGGUUAGAAGCGAAGAAGCCAAUAUUUUAAACUAUGCCAAGGUUUCUUUUCUGCAAGAAAACCCCGAGGCCUGUAAAAAUAUGUCGGCAGAGAUGAAAUAUGAGCGGAUGUUGAAUGCGCAUGAGUUGGUAAACUCAACCAUUAAGACUCUAAUCAUGGGGCGCAGGGACGCGACCGUGGGCAUUCAAAAAGAACACCUUCACAAAGUGAUACAGAGCGAGCUUUUCGCCGUGAAAAGCGAAUUUGAAAAAAAUGGCCUGCAUUGGGGAAACCUUCCUCCUACGAGCAAAGAAGCCGGCACUACAAGGGCGGUGCUAGAGCUUCCCAAGGGGAACCUGGAGGACACGCUGCGCUGCCUUCUAAGAUACAACCAGGCAUACCAGGAGGUCAUCCGGGAGUCUGCGCUGGGAUACUCGCACGACUUGGAAAUGUCCAGCCUCAAGCGUUCCUUUGCGUCGAUGCUGGAAAUGCCCAGCGUCAAAAAUCUUUCCAAUAAUGUGCCGGGUUUUUUAAACACUCUGGUUCUGUACACGCUUUUCCUGAAAGACAUGCUGGAGUGCACCGGAAACGCCAUAUUUACAGAGAUAGACGUGUUUGCGCGCAUUUCCGAAAAACUUAUGCUCAACUACAACAAAAACUCCAAAAACAUCCCGGAAGACAAGAAAGUGAACAUGGCUGAAUACAAGAGCGCGCAGAGGGCCAGCAUCCGAGGCGUCAUGGAUGAAGCGUUUGUGCUAUGGGCCGACAGCACAAACAGCAAUGUCAUAAAAAUGUCGCAGAUAUCGGGCGAGCUGUACCAAAAGCUUGAGCCUUUGUACAGCAACGAAAGCAAGAAGAACUUCCAGAACAACAUAGCUUUCAACUCGUUCGUGAUGGCGUACAAGCAGGGGUACAGGCUCAAGACAGAAACCGCGUUUUCGUGCGAAGCCUACCGCUCCGUGCUUUUUGGCCCUUUAAUCAAUUCGUUUACAAUGGAUGUGAAAACCCUCUGCUUUAAAACCCCCACCAUAUCUACCGAGAACCAAAAGAUAAACGGAAAAGACCCCCAAAAAGGCUCUACAAGCGACCUUAGAAGCGACUCUACAAAAGGCUCGACAAGCGAUCUUAGAAAAAGCUCUACAAAUGGCUCGACAAGCGAUCUUAGAAAAAGCUCUACAAAAGGCUCGACAAGCGACCUUAGAAAAAGCUCUACAAAAGGCUCUACAAGUGAUCUUAGAAAAAGCUCUACAAAAGGCUCGACAAGCGACCUUAGAAAAAGCUCUACAAAAGGCUCGACAAGCGACCUUAGAAAAAGCUCUACAAACGGCUCGACAAGCGAUCUUAGAAGCGACCCUACAAACAGCUCGACAUGCGACCUUAGAAGCGACCCCACAAACGACCAGAUUCUGGACUUCUUUGUCCAGCACACCUAUUUGGAAAAGAUGAACCACGAGGGGACACAUCCUGCAGACUGGCUGGCCUACAAUGUCUUUGACCCCGUGUGCCUGGGCAUGCCCGAGAAGCCUUCCCAAAAUGACCCCACGAAGCCAAAGCAGGCGUAUGUUGUGGACCAGAACAAAAUAAUUGUAAUGGCUUCCGCGAUUCUUAUCAAGAUAGAGAAGCUGCUGCACAUGGUCUGUCCAAAGCCGGAGGAAAAGAUGCAGGGCGCCCUUGACAUAGUAAAGGCAGUGCGCAUAGCCACUAGCAUUCUUUCCUGUGUUGCAAUCAACCAGUACAGCGUUCUGUGCGAGCACAGGAGCUCAGAGAACAAGCUUACAAAGCACGUGUACUCUUUGCUGUUUAAGGGCAACCCGAACAUUUUCCUAAAAAGCAUAGCGCCAUCGCCCAUGAAAUACGAGGAUUAUAUUCUGGCGAUGGAGAACGUCAUGAACCAGCAGGAAAAGCUGCCCUUCGGCAUUGCAACCAAAUAUAUGACCAGGGCCCUGACGUGGGAAGCAACUAUAAGAAAAAGCAAAAAAACCUCGAUGUUACAGUACAACUGGAGCAACAAUCAAGCAGAGUUGCUGGUGCGUACGCACUACGCAGAGUACCAAAAUGGCAAGCUGAGGUCUCUGUGCAACCAAAGAGCAGCGUCGAGUGUGCUGCACCAAGAUAAUGAAGAAUCCGAUUUCCUCAAAGGCCAGACUGAAUAG